CCCGCGAGGAGCUCCGGGAGGGUCCCAGGACAGAGCAGUACCCACUAUGCUGCCCUGCCUUCCCCUGCUUCUCCUGAUGGGGCUGUCUGCAGGCACUGUGACAGCUGACAAGGAACUGGCCCUCGGAGCGGAAGCAGGGUCCUGGAUAACCUUGACCCUGGAGGAUGGUGGCAUUCACCUCCAGCUCCAGCAGGUGAAGAGGGGCAAAGCCAGCCAGUUCUUUGGGUUGAUGGGGAAGCGGGUGAGAGGAAUACCUCCCAUCUGGCCGGAGAGAAGAACAACUCCACCCCCAGAACAUCCGCAAGGACAAAUGGUGCAGGGCCUUGUUGACAGGGCGCAACUAUCUACAGAAGAACUCUUCCCAGGCAGAGAGGAUGAGGACCACGGGUCAGAGUGAGCACCCCCACUGCACCCUUCCUGGAGGACGAAACGCCCAUCUCCUUCCCCGGACAAUACAGCUGACAGCCGGCCAGACCAACUCUCUUCUCGUGUGUCUCCUGUGCCUGACACUGGUGUGUCCCACCUGGCCUCCCUGAACUCACUGUGGUUCCUUCUAGAACUCUCAGUCCUAAGCCAUGGUGAUGCAUACAUGCACCGUUGUUCCAGUUGUGAGCUGCAGUGACCCUGCUCUCCCCCCACACUCAGCUCCCAUCUCACU